AUGGAUUCUUUAGAAAAUGAAAAUGUAGGAACAAAAUAUAUUAUAGUAACAGGGGGUAAUAUGAGUGGAUUAGGAAAAGGAACAGCUAUGAGUAGUAUGGGUGUACUAUUAUUAACAAAAAAUAUUUUAUUAACAACUAUUAAAAUAGAUCCUUAUUUAAAUAUAGAUGCAGGAACGAUGUCUCCAUAUGAGCAUGGAGAAGUGUAUGUAUUGGAAGAUGGAGGAGAAGUAGAUUUAGAUUUAGGUAAUUAUGAAAGAUUUUUAAAUAUUAAAUUAUCAUAUAAAAAUAAUAUAACUUCAGGAAAGAUAUAUGAAGAAGUUAUAAAAAAAGAGAGAAAAGGAGAAUAUUUAGGAAAAACGGUUCAAGUAGUACCUCAUUUAACAGAUGCUAUACAAAAAUGGAUAAAGGAAGUUAUUGAUGAAAAUAUUAAAAAAAUGAAGAAAGAAUAUAAUAUAGAUUCUUUUAGUAAAAUACCAUGUAUAUGUUUAAUUGAAGUAGGAGGAACUGUUGGUGAUAUAGAAUCAGCUGUAUACUUAGAAGCAUUACAACAAUUAACAAACAACCUAAAUUCUGAUGAUGUUUGUUUAUGUCAUUUAUCUUAUGUUCCAAUUAUUGGGAAUUUAAAAGAACAGAAAACAAAACCAACUCAGCAUAGUGUUAAAAUUUUAAGAGAAGCAGGAUUAAAACCAGAUUUCAUUUUUUGUAGGUGCGAAGAACCAUUAACGAAAGAAGCUAUCCAAAAAAUCUCUUUGUUUUCUCAAGUUAAAAAUGAACAUGUUAUAUCAUUACAUGAUACUUCAAAUGUUUAUAAAGUUCCUUUAAUAUUAGAACAACAAAAUUUUAGUGACAACGUUUUAAAAAAAUUAAACUUGCAAAAUAUAGUUUUAAAAAAUAAGCUAAAUAUUUCUCCUUAUUCUUUUAAUACAUGGAAGCUACUUUCAAAUAGAUAUGAAAAUUCAAAUGAAACUGUUGUAAUCGGUAUAGUUGGGAAAUAUACUGGUUCAAAUGAUACUUAUUUAUCUAUUAUAUCUUCUCUUGUCCAUGCUUGUUUAGAGUGUGGAUAUAAACUAAUUAUUAAAUAUAUCAACAGCAGUCAUUUAUCUCUAAAAAAAAAAAAAAAAAAGAAAAAAUGUGUAGAUUUUAAAAAUAAUGUAAAUAAGUACAGUUAUGAUAUCUCUCUAGAAAAUACUAUAGUUCAUAAAAACAUUUUUGUUGAUGACACUACAUCAGAAGAAGAUUAUGAAGAAAAAAGAAGAAAAAAAUACGAAAAUGCAUGGAAUACAUUAAAGUCGGUCGAUGGUGUUUUAGUUCCAGGUGGCUUUGGCACAAGGGGUAUUGAAGGCAAAUUUUUAUCUUCGAAAUAUUGCCGUUUAAAUAAUGUACCUUAUUUAGGUAUUUGUUUAGGUAUGCAAACGGCUGUUAUUGAUAUGGCAAGAGAAUUUUUAAAUAAAAAUGCAAAUUCAGAAGAGUUCGAAGAUAUUUUAGAAAUGAAUUGUAACCAAGAUGAUAUUAUAAAUAAAGAGAAAGAAAAAUUUUUUAGAAGUGAUAACUCGAGGGAGAUGAUAGAAAAAGAUAAUACAUAUUUAAAUGUUAAUACAAAAGAUUUAGAUAAGAACAAAAUAUAUUAUGAUAAGAAAAAAGGUUUUUCUGCAAAUAAUUAUAAUUCCGAUGAGAAUAAUGUUGAUAUUUCUAAUAACUACCAAAAUAAAGUAAGGAAAGAGCAUUCAUCAUGUAGCAUACAGGCUAGUAUAGAAAACUAUUUAGAAAAUAAUAAAAUAAGAAAUUCAAAUAUAAAAAAUGAAGUUGAAAAAAAUAAUUCUAUCGAUAAUAAUAAAUUAUUAUUUGGAAAUAUUGAAAAUAUGGAUAAGACCAAUUUUUUACAAAAUCAAAAAUAUAUAGAUGAUAUUUCUAAGAAAUUAUUAGACUCAAAAUUAUUAGAAAAAAUCCAAUUAAUGAAUAUUCAAGAUUAUUAUAAAAGUAUUUUAGAAAUUGAUAAUAAUAAUGUUAUUGUAUCUAUGACAGAAUUUAAAGGUGAUAACAAUAAAGGUGGUUCUAUGCGUUUAGGAGUGAAACAGUCAAAAAUAAUAGAUAAAGAAUCAUUAACUUACAAAUUAUAUGAUGAAGCAGCUUAUAUAUUUGAAAGACAUAGACAUAGAUUUGAAAUUAAUCCUAAAUAUGUUCCAUUAUUAGAAUCAGUUGGUUUAAGUUUUGUAGCAAAAGAUGUUCAUAGUGUUAGGAUGGAAAUAUGUGAAAUUAAAAAUCUGGAUUUUUUUAUUGGAGUUCAAUUUCAUCCUGAAUUUACUUCAAGACCAUUUAAAGCUAAUCCUAUAUUCUUAGGUUUUGUUUUAGCUUCAAAAAGAAAACUAAAAGAACGAUUAAACAAAUAUGGAAAUAAGUUGUGUUCAGGAUUUUUUUAUAAAAUGCAAUAA